GAUCACAACAGCAGAAUCGCAACGGGACAACGGGAAGUCCGUAUAUAUACUGUAUCAAGAGCAGCGUCAGUCGUCGCCCCCGUGUGAAGAAGCAACGACUUUUCAUCAACACUCGCCUAUCACUACUCACUCGCAGGCAUGUCAGACGGUCAGCAACAAGACGGCAACCUGCCACAACAAUUCGACAGAAUGAACGUCGGUGGACGAUCCAACAACAACAACGGCGCCACGGGUGGGGGUGGAGGUCCAUCUCAGUCCUUUGGUGGUGGCAAGAAGUACAACACCGGCGCUGCAGAGUUUGUCCCUUCAUGGGGUGGCCAGGACGCAUAUGGCCAGCAACAACAGGGCUACGGGGGCUACCAGCAGGGUUACAAUCAGCAAUAUGCCGGUGGUUACCAGCAAGGGUACAACCAGCAGGGUUAUCAACAGGGCUAUCAGCAGGGAGGCUACGGCGGAGGAUACCAGCAACAGCAGCAAGGCUACAGUGGGUAUGAUCAGGGUUACCAAAACCAACGGCAAGGAGGGUACAGCAACCAGCAGGCGGGCUACCAGCGAGGAGGCUACAACCAACAGCAGCGUCAAACCAACAACUACAAUCAACAGCAGCAGCAGCAACCACAACAGCAAGCCUACCAAGCUUAUCAGGCACCGGUUCAACGAUCCCAACCGGCAUCUGCUGCUGGAACUCGUGCACCAGGCGCUAAGGCGGUUUCCAUCUCCAUUGGGGGAAAGCCUAAGGACGCUGCACCUGCACCGGCUAAAGUGGUGUCCAUUUCCAUCGGCGGGCCGUCCAAGACUCAGGAUGCCCCGGCUGCACCAGCGCCCGCAAAGGCCCCUGCCAAGGCCGUCUCCAUCUCCAUUGGUGGCACGCCUAAGCCUAAAGCUGAUGCACCGGCAGAUGCAGUAGUGGAGAAGCCUAAAGCUGAGGUCACUCCGGCGCCAGCGGAGGAACAACCUGAGGAAGCGCCUUUCAACAACAAGGAAGCUGAAUCUGCUGAACAGUCGGAAGAGCAGGAACCCAUCGCCGAAGAGGCAGCGACGGAGGCGCAACCUGAACCUCAACCUGAGCCUCAGCCUGAGGCUCCGGUGGAAGAAGAGCCGGAGGACGAGCCGGAAGAGGAGAUUGUCGAAGAUGAAGGCAAAGAGCACCUCAACAUCGUUUUCAUUGGACACGUCGAUGCCGGGAAGUCGACCAUGGGUGGACAUCUGCUAUUCUUGACGGGAAUGGUGGACAAGCGUACUAUGGAGAAGUACGAGAAGGAAGCAAAGGAGCUUGGACGAGAGUCCUGGUACCUGUCGUGGGCGCUGGACUUGAACCAAGAAGAACGUAACAAGGGAAAGACCACCGAAUACGGUCGUGGGUUCUUCGAGACGGAGAAGAGGCGGUUCACCAUCCUCGACGCUCCCGGACACAAGAACUUUGUGCCGAGUAUGAUUGGUGGUGCUUCGCAAGCAGAUGUGGGCGUGCUUGUCCUGUCGGCCCGUAAGGGAGAGUUCGAGACUGGAUUCGACCGUGGAGGUCAAACCCGUGAACACGCCAUGUUGGCCAAGACGGCUGGUGUGAAGAGGCUGAUCGUAGUGGUGAACAAAAUGGACGACCCAACUGUCGCUUGGUCUCAGGAACGUUACGAUGAGAUCACAGGGAAGAUCCUACCUUUCUUGAAGCAGGUCGGAUUCAACCCUAAGACUGAUUUGGAUAUGAUGCCUGUGUCUGGUUUCACUGGUGCCAAUUUGAAGGAUCGUGUGGACCCCAAGACUUGCUCUUUCUACUCAGGACCUUCCCUCGUCGAGCUGCUGGACGAGAUGGUCAUCCCCGACCGUGGUUACAACAAGCCCUUCAUGAUGCCAGUGGCCGACAAGUUCAAGGACAUGGGAACCGUAGUCACGGGCAAGAUCGAAUCUGGACGCGUGCGCAAGGGUCAGAAGGUCGUUCUCAUGCCCAACAAGCAAAAGUGCGAGAUCUCUGCUAUCAUGGCCGAAGAUCAGGAACUGAAUGUUGCCAGGAGUGGUGAUAAUGUCCGCUUGCGAUUGCGUGGGAUCGAAGAGGAGGACAUCUUGCAAGGAUUCGUCCUCUGCUCACCCAAGAACCCCGUCCACGCCGUCGUCAGCUUCGACGCUCAACUGGCCAUCAUCGAAUACAAGAACAUCAUGUGCGCGGGUUACACCGCCGUCAUGCACGCCCACACCGCUGUCGAAGAAGUCACUCUCUCCGCCCUCCUCCACUCCGUCGACAAGAAGACCGGAAAGAAGACGAAGCGGCCACCGCAGUUCCUGAAGCAGGGCGAUGUCGCCAUCGUGCGGGUGGAGACCACUCAAGCCGUGUGCUUGGAGACAUAUGCUGAGCACGCGCAAUUGGGACGGUUUACGCUGCGUGACGAGGGCAAAACGAUUGCGAUUGGAAAGGUCACCAAGCUGCAUCUUGCCGCCGAAUAGAGAAAUCCACUGUAGAAUGGCGUUUUUGUAAUUGCCCUUCUUCGCCGGACUGUGGUUCGGCGAUACCAUUUUCAUCCUCUGUUUUUCGUUCACCUGUCUUCUUCUCAUUUGUAUAUCGAGGCACGCCGUAUGGGUUUCCUCUUACUAUAUUGGUUUCUGCAUAUCAAAUUAGACUGGUGCUUUGCAU